GGCUAAGCUAAUGAAUAAUUCAGAUCGCAGAUCAGAGAUCGUUGAAGAUUUUGGCAAUUAGCUUUGGGUCAAUAGGUCUGCGUCCGCAGCGAACUAAUAUAAGCCGUCGCUACGACCGCUCGUAGCUCAGUUUAGUCGAGAACCAUGAGGAGUCACAGCUGCGUGUGGGCCUUGAUUGUUGCGGUGCUCUGGCUGGCAUUGGCCAGCCGAGAGGUCAACGGCGAGACGAGGAUCGAGGUGGACGAGAACGGGGAUGAGUACGAGCUGAAGCGCUUCUAUAUCCAGGGCCGGCAGCUGAAUGGCCAGGGCAGUAAAUCGCAGUGCGUGGUCACCAGACGGAAGCGUUCGAGUCGCUCGAUGAGCGCGCCCAGCAUCUCGGUCAGCUCACAGCAGCUGAGCUUGGACGCAGGGACGGAGCCACUGAAGCUGCAGCAGGAGCAGGAUUCGAACAAACGCCGCUAUGUGGCGCUGGCAGCGGUGCAGCUGCAGCAACCGGAGGACGAGGACGACGAAGAUGAUGAUGAGGAGGAUGACGAAGACGAUGGUGAUGAGCAGCAAUUGGAGAUCGAGGAGGCGUUCCUGGUGGAUGCAGUGCAACAGAAACAGUUCCCAGGCCAAAGCCAGAACAGCUUUGUGGCCUUCACACAGAAGGUGCCCGGUGGCGUCAGCGUGGUGGCCAAUGCGGCGACCCAUGCCAAUGUGGUCGGGGAUGCGGGCAUUGUUGUGGUCGAGUCGCAGGAGCCGCCCAAGGUCAAUCCCAAUACACAUGCGGUCUUCGAGCUGAAGCCGUUGAAUCAGCCAUCCUACUACCAGCCGGGCGCACCGCUUCUGGGUGGGGAUGAGGCGGCCGAGGAGGAGGACGAGGACGAGGAGGAUAAUAUCGACAGCGAUGGCUUCUAUUAUCAAGGCUUGGGCGUCUACGAUGAAUACGAACACUUCAUAACCGAGGAUAGCCCGGUGAGCACGUCGGCCGUUUGGAGCACGGAUGGCGAUGAUGAGGAUGUGCAGCCCGUUGUCAAUCCGGCCAAUCGACCAGUUAAUGAGAACAAGAAGAAGAGAAAGCAGCAGCAGCAACAGAAGCAGAAGCGUCGCAAGCAGCAGCAGCAGAAGCGCAGGAAGCCGCAGCAGAAGAAGAAGAAGCGCCCAGCUAACGAACUGCAGGCAAUGAAUGGCGUAGAGCAGGGCAACAAGCAACAGCAGCUGCAGCAGAGCGUCAGCGUCAGCAGCGUCGAUCAGACAGCGCAGAAGCCGAUAGGCAAUAGCAGCAGCAGCAGCAGCAGCGGCAGCGGCAGCGGCUCCUCCACGCCCGUUAAGCGUCGCAAGUCCAAGCCCAAGCAGAAGAAGAAGAAGAAGAGCAGGCCAAGCAGCGUGGGCAACAGACGCCGCCGACCCAGCUCCAGCUCCAGUUCCAGUGCCAGCUACAGCUAUGGCUCGAUGGGCGGCUAUAGACGCCGUCGUCCACAGCUGACGGAGGCGCAGCGUCGCCGCCGACAGCAGCAGAAGCGUCGCCGCCAGCAGCUGCAGCGCCAGCGUCGUCGCCGCAACAAGAUUCGCCAACAAAAUGGCAUCGGCGGCGGCUAUCGCCAGCAAUACUUUGGCGACGAGCCGAUCGUCAAUUGCAUCUACAUCAACAAGGAUCCGGUGACGACGACGACGACGACGACGCCGCGUCCAUUCUGGAAUCUGCUGGGACGCAGCGCAGCGCAGCAGCCACAGCUGGCAGAGCAAUCGCCACGGCGAAACGGUGAAUUCGGCAAUCGCAAGCGCACGAAUCUGAAAUUUACCGCCUAAAACAAGGCGAAACCUAAA